AAUACUUAGAACACAGUACCUUUGCAUAAGCUAACACUGUAAUUGAGUUUUACGGAAACACAAAAAAACAUAAAAAUAUCUUUUCCGCAAUGGCUGAAAAAACACAAGACGCCAUGCUGGCCGAAAUGGAUUUGAUCUUUCUGGACCACAUAUUGCCGAGGUGCUGCAAGGACAUCACCACCUCGCAAGCGUUCUACAAGGACUACACCGCCGAAAAGCCGAGGCGAACAGUCACCGCGUUCCGGAAGCAAACGGAUCCCGCCCUGAUCUCGGGCCACUAUGCGCACAACUUGAAGGUCCAGAAGCAGGAGCUGAAGACCCGGACAUGGCCACGAUCCAUGGACUGGCGCGAGGAGUACGCGCAGUUCGUCAAGCGCAACAAGUGGUGCAACGAGGAGAUCUACAAGCUCUUCUUCGUGAACCCUCCCAUCGACUACUUCCUCAUCAGGGAUUAUCUGCAGGACCUGCUCAAGACCACCUAUAUCUCGGACUACUCGCCCAAAGACUACCAGUCGCUCAUCAGCCAGCGCGAGCAUAGGGUCCAACUCGACGGCUCGGACGGCAUUGACUAUCGGACGACCUAUGGCAACUAUCACAAUCGUAUCCAGGAGGAGGAUCCGUUCAAGUCGAUCCUCAUCCCAGAACCAGGAUCGAAUGUCAGGAGCAUGGAGAUAGGAGAGUUCGCCAAGCAGAUGCGCAAGCUGUUCACCAAGUACAAUCUUACCACCUACUACGAGACCAUCUGCCUUCCGGCGCUGAUUAAGGCCAAGGAUGGCAUUAUGCCAUCGGGACCGAUCGAUCGCUACACUCUUCGCAAGCACUGAAUCGCCCUCAGGUCGAGCUGACCAGUUUACGAUUACACAGCUACUGCAGCAAUGCAGUUGGAUUUAUAAAAUUAUACUGAUUGCAUCUUAAUAGUUAUUAUUGUACUAAAUAUACAUCCGGCGCCUA